UCGCGACUCCUCCUACACGGGCGUCGCGUCAGUCAGGUGAAGACUCUCAGCUACAGACCACAGUCCCCCGCCACUUGUGACUCGCUACCACUACUACCCGCACUACCCGCCCCCCGCACGGAUACCCGCCAGUGAUUCCACCUGGUGCUGCUCCCGCCUCUUUCUUUAUCCAGACAACGACGGUCAACCGUUUGAGCCUGAUGAACAGCACGGGGGCAGUGUUCGUUUCUUUGGUGGUCGCCUUCAUCUUCGUGUCUUCAGUCAACUCCGCCGCCUUCAAUAGAGAGGCGCGCGCGGUGGUGCAGAUAGAGGACCCGGACUACGUGUUGGAGUUGCUGACGAGAUUGGGGCACUCCAUCAUAAGGGCCAAUGAGCUAGAAAAAUUCGUGCGUUCCUCCGGCAGCGCUAAGCGAGGAUUGGAUCUUGGUCUGGGCCGUGGCUUCAGCGGGUCACAGGCAGCCAAGCACCUCAUGGGUCUGGCCGCCGCCAACUUCGCGGGCGGCCCCGGCAGGAGGAGGAGAAGCUCUGACGAUGGCCUUGACCUCCACCACGACGACAACCUCUACGCCCAAGAUCAGGCUGCUGACCUGGCCGAGUCAUCACGAUAAAUUUUUGUGGAUGACUACCAUGUGACAACUUACCUCCUCUGUCCUCUCUCACAAUGACUCCCUCUCCUCUCGGUUGCUUUUCGUCUGCUCACUGCCGUUCUUCUCUCAAUAGUUCUCUCAUAUGCUCUCACCUCGUGUCAUUCUCUUGAUUUUUCUCGACAUAAGAGAAUAACCCCAUCUUCACAUCUUGUGGUGGACCCAACAUCAGUGACGACAAUAAAAUCCGAGCAUUGUCAACCGGCUCCCUGAGGACGGUGGGCCCCGCCUGGUGGCCGCCGCAGCACCGACACCUCACACGUAACUCCUGCUGUAGUCCACCACCAAGUUGUUUAUAACCUUGUUUUCCUCAGUCUGUAACUGUAGUAAGAUUGCAUAUAUGAUACAGUAGACCCUUCAUCUAUUAGAAAUGAUGUAAGUUAAGCUUCAUCACACAGCCUCUGUCAGAAGGGAGGAAGAUGUUGCAGCUUGUAAUUAAAUAGCAUGAGAUACAAUGUUCUCUGGAAGGGAGUUGUGUAGUGGUUUCAUUGUCAUAUUCCAGAACUUUUUUUCCAGGUGCUUUUACAUUGACCCUCCGGCUUCAAAUACAUAGCUUGACUUGUAUAGCACAACCUGCUUCCAUUAUUUUCCUCAGUGGUUGAAGACUAUAAAGAUGUUUAAUGUUGGAUUAAUACCUAGGUGUUCAGGUACUAUUUACCAGAGGCUUGACUACCCCCCACACUGAUUUUAUUCAUAGACAAGUGUCAGGAAAAUGUUCACGAAUGUGUACUUAAUCCCUGGCCAAUGAUAUUAGAAGAAGCCAUUCACAAAUCGAGCCUACGAGCAGGUCUGUGGAUAAGCAUUUCUGAUGUCAUUAACCAGAGAUGAAACCUUGGGAUUGGUGAAAAACGUUUCCAACCUUCCCGUCCUGGGCCGAGUAGCAUCCCAGCGAGCAGACGACUGGUUAUGUUCACUUGUGACGUUGAUUUUACAGUGUAUGAAACUCAUCCAUUCAAGGCAAUACAUAAUAUUUUGUGCUGCAUGCUUUAAUGAAUUCAGACUGAUGGAUCAUAUUCAUCAGACUUUCUCACUGAAACAUAAUGUGCUGUAGCUGCUCCGAGUAUGGACAGUACAAUAUUCAGGAGACCAUCUUGUUAACUGUCUCUCCAUACUUACCGUCUCUCUUCAGCUUCAUUUUCAUUACAAGUUUAUAAGUUUCCUGUUAAGUGACAUGGUGGUAGAUCUCCUGUGCUGGGGGGUCUCUUUUAUCACUGGUGAGCGGAGGCGAGCAACAAGCAUGAGAGUGUGACAGCAGGAUCCUCCCACCCCACCUACUCCUCUAUGGGCUGGAACUUGUCUCAAUAAGUUAAGACACAGACAAAUAUUUGUGCGUAUAUAACAAUACCUUUGGUUCACCUUAAUGUAGAUAAAAUAAAGCGUGUCAGUCCC